AUGUCAUCUUUGUUGCCAUUUACACCUCCUAUAGUAAAGAGACUUUUGAGUUGGAAGAGGGGAAAUGGAGAUGAAGAGGAUAAAUGGGCCGAAAAAGCAGUAAAAUCUCUAGUGAAGAAGUUGAAGAAAACUGGAGGUCUAGAUGAACUAGAGAAGGCUAUCACAUCUCAAGGACCAACUCUUUGUGUAAAGAUACCCAGAAGUUUGGAUGGUCGCCUGCAAGUUUCUCAUCGAAAGGGUCUGCCACAUGUCAUAUACUGCAGAUUGUGGCGCUGGCCAGAUCUUCAGAGUCACCACGAACUACGUGCUCUUGAUUGUUGCGAGUUCGCCUUCCAUCUCAAGAGAGAUGAAGUGUGCGUUAACCCCUUCCACUACCAACGCAUUGAAACACCAGUAUUACCACCGGUUUUAGUCCCUCGCCCUCACAACCUGGAUCAUUUUGCUAUAAAGUCAGAGUUCAAAUCUCCGGGAAACAACCUGCUGGAAAACCAAUACUCUCCUGGAUCUCAGAGUGAUACCAACAACAACUUCUCCAUGUCAGUUGAAUCUCCACCCUCGUACCUGUCCUCUCCGGAGCCGCACUCUCAGCCGCCUCCCACCGCUCAGCCCCCCACUGCAGACAGUAUCACUUCCUCACCGCAGAGUGUUAUCCACAGUCCCAUGACUCCGGACAUCAGGCCUCCAACCUCUCCUGCCAUACCUCACCCUCUUACUCACCACAAUAUUCCUGCAGAGUUCCAAGCGAUACAAUUUGUGGAGCCCAAGUUUUGGUGUGACAUAUCCUACUACGAGCUGAACAACAGAGUGGGGGAGGCUUUCCACGCCAGUGAGAGUAGCUUGUGGAUAGACGGCUUCACCGACCCCAGCAACAACCGGAGAUUCUGUCUGGGCCAAUUAACUAACAUCAAUAGGACGUCUCCAGUCGAGAAGUGCCGGAAGCAGAUAGGUAAAGGUAUCCACCUGCAGUACGUACAGGGUGAGGUGCACGCAGUCUGUCUCAGUGACAGCUCCAUCUUCGUUCAGUCCCAGAACUGCAACCAGCGGAACGGCUGGCACCCCAACACCGUCUGCAAGAUCCCCACCGGCUGCCAUCUCAACAUCUUCAACAACACCGAGUUCGCUAACCUUCUCUCCCAAUCAGUGGGUCACGGUUUCGAGGCGGUGUAUCAGUUAGCUCGGAUGUGCACGUUCAGGAUAUCCUUUGUGAAAGGUUGGGGAGCGGAAUACUCGCGUCAAGAUGUCACUUCAACCCCCUGCUGGAUAGAGGUCAAGUUGAAUGGUCCUCUGCAGUGGCUCGACAAGGUUCUCUCUCAGAUGGGUGCCCCAAACCUGACGUGUGGCUCUGUGUCCUGAGCGCACUUCCCUACCUCCUGAGUUAGAUAUAUCUGCGAACAGUCGGCUGCAUCCUGUUGCUUUCUGGAACAAUUGCAGGGUACACGCCACCACUUCCGGUCAAGAGAGAGAGAAAGAAACGAGUCUGGUGACCCAUUUUUACACCCUAGCUCUGCAUGAUUUGGCUCGUGCGUUUGUGUGUGCGUGUGUGUGUGCGUGUGUGUGUGUGGGACUGUAUUAGUCUGGUACAGACAGUGUAUAUAUGCCAGCCGGUGGGCCGGCGCUGUGUUGACCUAGCGUUGAUAGGUCCGAGUACGUACAGCCGGCUACACUGACCACUUCACUAAUCCAGGCGGGACACUGAUAUAAAAAUACUUGUCUACUACCUCUGGUGCACUUCUAACUGAUCUCUCCUUCUCCGACUGUAGAGCGUGUAUCUCAAUCAGCGCCCAUUCUGCGCUUACUUUAUCAUGUACAAGACCUCCAUAUAUAAUAUUAUGAGCGGGACCAGUUCCUGAUAUGCGAUGUUAUUGUGUGAUAAGAUAACAUACACGCAACUCUUCGUAGCAUGAUGUGCAUCUAUGUUGCAUGAACCGAUCGAUAUGUACAAAAUACAUUUUAUAGAAUAUAUUUCUGUUUUUAAUUUCUUUUAUUUUUCCGCACUGAGGCCAUGUUUAUGUUAGUUUUAUGAAGAUGUCAGUCAUCCUGUGAUAACAAAAGUAAAUAACUCGGUGAGCUUGGGUAACCCCGUUAAUUUAUCAAUCAGUGCGUUAACAGUGUGUAUACGCUAAAAAUGAAAAGUUUCUCCCCUAUUCCGACCUGUCACCAAAAUUUCAAACACUCUGCUAGGGCUUCGUCUGAAAUCUCUAGUCUAUUAACUGAAUGUUCCGAGUGUUGGAGGGGGCGGUAGUAGUUACACAGGCGGGACGGUCUAACUGUCAUCACUUACUAGCCCCGAGCUUGUAAAUGGGGGUCUCCUCGGGUCCCAGUGAUAUAAUGGUCAUGUCCACCUAGUUCAUUAAAUCAUUUUUCAAAUUCGCCAAGAUGGUGAUGUUAUUAUAGUGAAUCAUCUUGAUUCAGAAAUUUGAGCAAGAUUGGACGGUUUGACUUUCUAGUUGUCCCUUUAAUUUAACUUUAAGGAAAUUGGCCAGUCUAACUUUAACAGAUUCAAAUUCCAGACGGAUGAGGGUGGGGUUUAAGUUGCGGUAAGAAUUGUAGUUACAGACUGGGUGGAAAUUAAAUCUUUCCAAAUUGCAAGCUUAGCGACUCACCACUGAGGGCCGAGCAAUCAGUUACCAAUCAAGAGGCUUCAUGAGUUGUCGAGAGUUUUACCCUACGUAAUUGUAAUACAUCCACAAUGUCCUACCUUAAAUAAAGGGCUGAUUUAAUGGUUGAUUAAACAGAACAUAUCUGAUCUCUAUUUCUUUUUUGAAAAGCACUUAUUUUAACACGUAAACCUAUAUUCAGUCCCUUUAAACCUUACGUAAGUAUUGUUUACUGCGGUAAUAUGAAUUUAAUCCUCUUCGUCGCCGAUUUCGGCUUGUAUUAAUGUAUUUUAGUUGUGGAAUGUGAAUUUUCGUAUUGGUAAAUCUUUUCGAGACCCUUGGUGAUUACACCUCUUCAGCUGUUAAUGUUUGGCGUUUGCAACUAAAAAUGAAAUAUUAAACUGCAAAUUGGUUUGCAGUCCCUGUACCAUGAGGUUGUGUUUAACUUUAAGAUGCCAUGAAAUAGUUAGAAUGAAAUUUAAGCUGGAAUUUGUUUGCUACAUGAGUUUAUCUCUUUAUAAAUUGCUUUAUAGUAAAAUAUAUUUUAAUUUGGCUAAAA